GCAAUCGACUUCCGUUCUAAAGUGUGACCACUUCCGUGUUGACCCACGCUUUGCACGUUUUACUCGUGGGUGAUCCAUCGCGUCUUCCGAUAUUAGCAGUUUUAUUUCUACACACACAAAAAAUAUAUAAAAAAAGAUGAGGCCGCUAACAGAGGAAGAAACGAAAACGUUCUUCGAGAAACUGUCGAAAUAUGUAGGAGAAAACAUAAAGCUCCUCGUGGACCGACCAGACGGCACAUACUGCUUCAGGCUUCACAAUGAUCGCGUAUAUUACAUGAGUGAGAAGAUUCUUAAACUGUCCACAAACAUCGCUCGGAACAAACUGGUGUCAGUCGGCACUUGUUUCGGCAAGUUUACAAAGACCAAGAAGUUUCGGCUUCACAUCACAGCUCUCGAUUUCCUGGCGCCCUAUGCAAAGUUCAAGGUGUGGGUGAAACCUGGGGCCGAGCAGUCUUUCCUCUAUGGCAAUCACAUCUUAAAGUCCGGUCUGGGGAGAAUCACUGAAAACACCACGCAGUACCAGGGCGUGGUGGUCUACUCCAUGGCCGACGUGCCCCUGGGUUUCGGAGUGGCAGCCAAGACGACGCAAGAGUGUCGUCGGGUCGACCCCAUGUCCAUAGUUGUGUUCCACCAGGCUGACGUGGGCGAGUUCAUCAGGAAUGAAGAUGCAUUAACAUAAAUCAAGAUUAUACAGUAUCAGUCGGACAGUUGCUGCUUUUGACUUCUUCCCCACGACCCCACACACAGACAUGCAGCCUCCAUUUACUUAUUUCGAAUAAAUCCCAUUUGUGAUCAUUUGAGUCAAGUGGUGUUGAAAUGCAGCAAAGUUUCAUACAUUUAUUUCUGUAAACUUUGGCUGAAGGUGUUAAGGAAUGUGUUUUUACAUACACAUUCCAAUUAUAAGAGAGAAUGUAUCCAUUUGCAACCAUGUUUGUUUUUAAUUUAAAUGUCAUAAAAUCAGGUAAACGUCUUUUUUGCAAUGGUGACCUGAUCAAGAAGGCAGCAUGUUAAAUGUGAAGUUUAUUUCAGUUAUUUACACUUCUCUCAAAAAUAAAUCAGUUGUACAAAUUCUAGGUCACAGCAAUGGUGGAAAAAUAUCUCCACUAUCUUAGUCACAGUUCUUUUGUGACAAAAACCUGGGAUUUGAACAGGGGUGUGUAGUUUUGAUAUCCAGUGCAGCCUUCUUCCUGUUUUUGUAAUCUGUUUGGUAGUACUUGUGUUGUGCUGUUUAACAAGUACAGUAUAAGUAUAUACCUGUUAAAAAGAUACAAUUUCUUGGAGCCGAAUUUCCCAUUUAUUUUACAAAGAUUUGUAUUAAAUGUUAUUUGUUUUA